CCGGGCGCUUCAGCAAGAAAGCAGUGGCGACGUGCACGUUUAUCCCAGUGCGCAGAUUACGGAGAUGGCGGCGGUCGCCGUUUGAUAGGCCCGUCAUCUAUCUGCUGUGUAUCUACACUUCGUUGCCACCACGCUACCACGAUGCCGCUGUCUGACUACAAGGACCUGGUGGGCGCACUGGCCAGCUAUGCACAAAUCGCCCAGAUGCUGUCCGGCUCACUCAUGUGCUGGGAGUUUCACCGCAACGGCACCACUCGACCCACGCCCGCGACGAUGUUCGUCAUGGGUGGGGCGCUCGGUUUCGUGAUGCUCGAGUUCGCCCGCAUCAUGGACGACCCGGCUAUGCUGCGUGCCAACUGGGUGGGUAUGGUGCUCAGCCAGGUGUACCUGUUGUGCUACUGGUUCUACAGUGACGACCGGCCCGGCUUCUACCGGUCACUGGCGAAAGGCGCCGCGCUCGCCGGCGGCCUCGUGGCCUACGCCCGCCUCGAGGACCCCGAGCUGGUGGAGCACCGCUUCGGGAUCAUCCUGACCGGGCUCUUUUUCUUCAUGGUCUCUCUGCCACUCUUCUCGUUGGGCGAGAUAAUCAGGACCAAGAGCAGUGCCAGCAUCCCACUGCCCAUGCUCCUGACCGGGACCGUCGUCUCCUCUCUCUGGCUGCUCUACGGGUUCAUCAUCGACAGUGGCUUCAUGAUCUUCCAGAAUGUGGUCGUCCUCAUCCUCUCGGCAAUCCAGUUCGCUCUGAUCGUCAUCUACCCGAGGACACUGCCACCUCACGAGACGAAGAAGGUGGACUGAAGGUGGACUCGCCGUCGCUCCAGUUAUUAAGAGUUUCUUUGUUCUCCUGUUUCGUAACAAAAAAAUUACACAAACGACAACAUUCCUCGACUGCGGAUUUUCACUUAUCGUAUAUUUUUGGGGUAGGGAAUCAAAUUUAGUGUCUCGGAUAUCAUUACAGGACAGCUCCAGAGGUGUUUUAGUGGCUAGCCGUUCACAAUAGUAUUAAAGCAUUACUCGCUCGUCUCUCGACUGGAGUAACUGUGCUGACCAAAGGUACAAAUGUGGGACUGUGGCUAGCAAGAAAGACACUGUUAACCGACAGUCCCUAUCAGUCUUCAGAACGAGUCUGUGCCUUCCCAGAAUGUGUUGUACAUGAUCAUAUUGCCUGUAUCACAGGUCCUUUGCUGACAGUAUUAUCAUUUCCAGGACACUGAAGACUAAACAGUAAAAUCUAAAGAGUUUUAUGAACUUAUCAUCCCUCCAGUUUUCAAGUACUUCCCCAUUUCCUUCAAUGCACAUUUACUAUAAGAGUGUACCAGUUAUAACUUUUUAUUUUAUGUUAUAGUAAACAAUCUGCAUUAAAUUUAUAGAUACUGUCAUUUUCCUACAUGUCACACUGUUACAUAUUAAUCUAUUCCACACUGAAGUAUAGACAGUGAUAUGGUGUUAAAUGUAAGUAUUUAACACAAUUUUUUGUCUUAUGUCUGAUAACUUUCAAGAAUGUGAAAUUAGAUAAUUUAUUUCAAGUUAAAAUUAGAAAAACAACAACAGGUUGAUGCAGGUAAAUGAUAUUUUUUGAGUAGUAGAGUACAACAUUUGUGUAUUAUGGCCUCAAUUCCUGUCUUUUUUGUGGCCGUCAUAAGUCUUCAGUGUAACUCAAUGGAGUGAAAGAAGUGAAACAGUUAAUUUACUACAGUUCACUAUAUUGAAAUAUAUUUAAUAAGUGAAUAGUGUGACAACCAGUACAAUAAAACAUAUAAAAAACUACAUAAGUUAAUAAAUAACACAAGUAGAAGAUUUUGUUGCAGUUAAGAACCUAGUAUUUAUAAAGAACAGUUGUGAUUAAGGCCUGUGAUUUAUAGCUCAUGCCAUUUCCACAUCCAUUAUGUCGAGUAUUAAAAAUAUGUAUCUUCAUCUAUUAACUGUCAAUUUUUUAAAAAUAAAGUGAUUAAAAUUA